GGGAAUCAUCAGCCAGAGCUAAAGGAGGAAGGUUGUUCGACGUUUUCACAUUGAAUAUUUUUCGGUUGAGGAUCGUUACAUUUGAAAGACAAUGGCUCGUACAAAGCAGACUGCCCGUAAAUCUACUGGAGGUAAAGCUCCCAGGAAACAGCUGGCUACUAAAGCGGCUAGGAAAAGUGCUCCUUCCACAGGUGGUGUGAAGAAACCUCACCGUUACAGGCCUGGAACUGUCGCCCUCAGAGAAAUUCGCAGAUACCAAAAGUCAACUGAGCUCCUGAUCAGAAAACUCCCAUUCCAGAGAUUGGUCAGAGAAAUUGCUCAGGAUUUUAAGACAGAUCUGCGUUUCCAGAGUGCUGCUAUUGGUGCUCUUCAGGAAGCCAGUGAGGCCUAUCUUGUGGGACUUUUUGAGGAUACCAACCUUUGCGCCAUCCAUGCUAAACGUGUGACAAUUAUGCCCAAGGACAUUCAGUUGGCAAGGAGAAUUCGUGGAGAACGUGCAUAAAAUCUUUUAUCUCAUAUCCAAGACAGUUUGGGACAAACCUGGAGUAUUUUGCUUCCUGUUCACUUGAUGAAAGUCAGUAAAUUCGUGGAUGUGUGUGGUAAUGUUUUGGUAGCACAAGAACAGUUCCAUUCAAUUGCAACGUUUUUAUUUUCUUUUGUAUUCAGCAUUAUUCUGUUCACCAGAGAUGACGAAAAAAUUUAUCUAGUAUGAUUACAGCAAUUUUAUUAUAAACUUUUCCAGCAGCAAUGGUUGUGAUCAAUCAGUCAGGUGGCCAGGAAGGAAAAUACUAAAUCUUGACGGUGACCAUUAACGCAGCAGCAGCUUUUGUUCAUGUUUUAUUUUCGUUUUGUUUUUUAUUACUCAAUAUUCUCAUACUUUUUUUUUAUUUCCGUUUUCCUCGUUCUUAGAAGUUUCUGUCUCUCCUGUUCUUCCUCCCAUUUGACAUCUUUCUAUUUAUCAUCAUAAGUAAUCAUUAUACAUCGUCACUCUUGCGUGUUUCAUUGUUUUCAAAAGAAGAAAAAAAAGUGUUUUUAUCAUGUUUUUCUUUAGUCGUAAGAUAUUUUCUAAUAGUUCCUUGAUCCAUUUUAAAAUAUAUUUUGAUAUCACUCCUUACAUUCUCUUGGAAAGUCUUUGCUUGCGGAUUAGAUUCUCACAAUUUAGCCUGAAAUUUAUUAAAAAUCCUUCAUCUUGUGAAUUCAUGGAUUUAAAAAAAAGUUACCUCAGAAUUUGAAUUGGUCAUAAAAUUAAUGUAAUAAAUGGUUUAGUAAUA